AUGACCAAUUAUAGUGAAAAUGAUGAGCAGAUCGUCGAAGAAUCGAUUGAAAGUAUUCAAACGAAUGACAAUAUUUUUUAUAAAAGUAGUGAUCUCAUAUCCAAACCAAUCCAAAGUGAAGGAUGUACGAUGGAUGAAAAUAUACUACAAAUCCACCAUUCAUUCGGUUACGAUUGCUGUUCCAAAAUGUUCAAUAUAUGUGCAGCAGACAACCACACAGUUUUGUACGCGGCAGGUAGUUAUAUCAAUAUGUUUGAUAUCGACGACGGACAUUUGAGUUUUAGAAAAUGUGCCGGUAACGGAGGAAUAGGGUACAUAGCUAAAAAUCCCGUUUUGAGCCAUAUAGCGGUGGGAGAAAAAUGUAGUAAUCCUCUGAUAAUUGUGUACGAAUGGCCAUCAUUUGAAAUAGUUAGCGUGCUCAAAGGUAGUGCUAAACAAAAAGUAAAUUGCUUGUCGUACAGCCAAAACGGUGACUACUUGUGUUCACAAGCAGCAGCACCAGAUAAUACUCUUACGAUUUGGGAUUGGAAAAAAUCGAAAAUAGUCUUGAGGACCAAGUCUCACACUCAAGAUGUAUACGUUUGUAGGUUUUCAAACUUUAUACCCGACCAUUUGGUAACCGGAGGAUCCGGACACUUAAAAUUCUGGAAAAUGGCCAAAACUUUUACUGGAUUAAAGCUCCUAGGUGAGCUCGGACGCUUCGUAAAAACGGAAAUAUCAAACGUCAUUGGAAUUUUCUCAAUGCCCGAUGAAAAAGUGAUAUCUGGCUGUGAAUGGGGCAAUAUUUUGAUAUGGGGAGAAAAAUUCAUCGAGAUCGAGGUGACAAAUAAAUUUAGAAAACCGUGUCAUUCGGCGCCUAUCAUCAUGUUUUUAUUCUCCGAACUCGAAGACCUGUUGACGAGCGUUAGCAUGGACGGGACGAUCAAAUUUUGGAAUUACCGUUCGGUUGAAGAAUCAGAUCCACCCGAAGACGACCGAGUGCUGGAAAUGGAACCGUCUUACGUGAUUAACAUCCAGGACUCUAUCGGUGAUUCGAAAAUCAUGGGUAUGUGUAAGAUCGACCGCAACCCCGAUUCAUACGACUAUUUUAUUCAGGACGGCAAUGGGGGAAUGUGGCUCGCCGACAUCGAAAUGUCGAGCGACGCGAAACCUCUAAGAAGGUUGGCUAAGUUUCACGGCGACACAGUAACCUCUUUGCAACCAUCGCCCGUCGGUAAUUUCAUCGCAUCGACGUCGUUGGAUGGUUGGCUCCACGUGCACGAUGUCACCAAAAAAAAGUUGAUAUUCACCCAUGAUUUUAAAGCACCAAUCACUUCGUCGAUUUGGUUACCGUCGACGAUAGCUUGUUUGAGAGAUGUAUUCAUAAUUGGAUUUCAAACUGGAAUUUUGAGAGUAAUCACAAUACCACUUAAAAAAAUAGUAAAAAAAAAAAUAUUAAAUCAUUCCGAAAUAGAGGAAAUACAAACCACAAGACCUCAUAAAAGUUCUAUCAGACUUUUGUCGAUAAGCAAUAGCGGCAAAACACUUGUAAGCGGAAGUGAUGAUCAAACAAUUUUUGUCUAUAAAAUAAAAACCGGACCUAUCAAGUUGAGUCCUAUUGGUUUUUUUCCAAUGCCUGGCAAAGUCACUUUUGUUCAUUGGAAACCUUCAGAAAAACAAAUGGCAUUGAUAAGUUGCGCUAGUGGGCAUAUUGUAGAAGUGAAUGUUCCCACAAGUCGUCCGACGUACACCAGAGAAUCGUUUUUAUUGAACCUCGAAUCGCGUGUAAUAAAAACAGUGAGCAUCAAGUCAGAAAUACUUCAACAGCAAUAUUUGUUGAACUUGGCAGAAAAGAAAAAUGAUAAAAUCAAUAGGAAAAAAGAGACUUUAGAACUUCUCAGACAACAAGAUCCCGAUGUCAUCAUCGAUGAAGAGUUAUAUUUUGAAGAUUCCGAAGAAGACGAAGAACCACCAAAAAUCUUUAUUCCUUCAACACCAAACCCCGUAUUGUUUGCCAUUUACACUCCAAAAGAAAAUGGCAUAUGGGUGUCUAUUGAUGGAUACGACGCUGGCUAUUUGUACGAAUACGAUGUGAACACAUCCAGACCAGUGACCAAUGCAUAUGUGACGAUACCAAACAUAAAUAAUACUCAAAUAACUGCAAUUAAAAUUGUUGGAGUUGAUCCAUUAACAGUUUUAAUGGGCUUUGCUGAUGGUAGAAUACGUCUUACGAAUGUUAAAGUCAACGACAUAUCAAAUUUCGACAACUAUAUCGAAUAUUCUAUUCACGACAACGAGACGGGAAGAGUAAAUAUGUUGUGUUUUAGUCAAGACAACUGUAUGUUAUACACUUGUGGCGAUGAUUGUAACAUUUUUAGUUUUAAAUUUCAAUAAUUAAGUCAUCGAAAAGUGUUCUUGUA